CUCUACGUGCAAAACUGUAAUCGUGAUCGCGCAGAAGAAGAAGAUGGGUGACUCGGUCAGGGCUCAUCAUCGCUCGUCUUCACACAGAGGGGCCAAGCCUGUUGUGGCCCCUUCUGAGACACAACGGUGCCUUCCACCAAUGUUGGUGAAUUGCCUGCAGAGACCAGGUUGUGUGGUGUUUUUCUUCUGCAGCUGCGCCUUCCUACAGGGGCUUAUCACCAAUGGUUGCGUCAACUCCAAUCUGGCGACACUCGAGAAGCGUUACCAGUUGCGGAGUAUCGAGACUGGCCUCAUUGGGAGCCUUUACAGCGUAUCGUCUCUAGUCGUGCUGCUGCCCGUCACUCACUUUGGCCAGAACCGUAACAAACCGCUAUUCAUGGCCUUCGGGACGUGUAUUUUGGGCGUGGGAUCCCUGAUCAUGGCGAUGCCGUACUUCGUUGGGCCUCCCUACUCCUUCAGCCACCCGGAACCGGACACUUGUUCCCAACAGAAGCAAAACAGCACGACUGAUGCAUGUGCUAAAGAAGGCGGAAGCUUGCGCAACUAUAAAUGGUUCUUCUGGAUCGGAAACUUCCUCAGCGGUGUCGGCACGGCUCCUUACUUUACGCUGGGUAUUGCCUACCUAGACGAGAACUUCCACCGGAGCGUCUCUUCCAAAUACAUUGCUGCAUUUCAAGCAAGCGCUAUCGUGGGACCAGCUACAGGGUUUGUGCUGAACGGACAUUUUCUGAAAUAUUACGUUGAUCAAGGCAUUGACCCCCAAGUGUUGGGGCUAAACCGCGACAGUUCUGCUUGGGUCGGAGCUUGGUGGAUGGGAUUCUUGUAUGCUGGUAUUCUGUGCUUCGCGGUUGCUCUGCCCGUAAGCGUCUUGCCAAAAGAACUUCCUGAAAGAGAAGCUGUGAUGGCCCAGAAGCAACUCGAAGAAAACCAGCGCUCCCAUGCAAACGAGGACAACCUGCGUGAUACGGUUUGGGCCCUGAUCCAGAACAAGCCCUUCGUCUUUGUUUGCUUUGCUGGAGCAGCUGAACUGAUGGUCGCCAGUGGACUAUCUUCAUUCUUGGUGAAGAUGCUACAAGCCCAAUUCAGUAUGACUGCUUCCACUGCAUCCAUGAUCAUGGGGUCAGUAACCAUCCCUACUGGUAUGAUUGGCAUACUUCUGGGAGGCAUGGUAAUUUCAAAGUACCAGAUGGCCGCCUACGCCAUUGUUCGCAUGUGCGUUACCGUCCUCCUGUUGCCCAUCGUUCUUAUAACCGUGCUCCUCUUUCACUGCAACAACAUUCCGUACAAGAAUCUGAACUACACCACAGGAUGGUUCCACGUGAACGACAUUUCCGCGUCCCUGAUGGAGCUGUGCAACUACGACUGUUCCUGCAGUGCUACAAAGUUCAACCCGGUCUGUGGAACAGAUGGCUACACCUACUACUCACCCUGUUUUGCUGGCUGUCACACGGAGUACAACAUCGAGAACAAGAGGGUAUAUUCUAAUUGCUACUGCAUCAAUAGCACGGAUUCCAAAGAGUUAGUGCCGGGUACCAACAUCGACGUGCAUGCUGUCCGUGACAAAUGUCCUACGACGUGCAGCCUUGUCAACGUGUUCAUUCCUGUUCUGGCGGGUAUUAUCUUCGCCACCUUCUUUCUCAGCACACCAGCCGUAGCCGCGACGCUUAGGUGCAUUCCCGAGAGUUACAAGUCAGUCGGUCUCGGCGUUGAGUGGAUCAUAGUACGAAUAUUCGGAUUGAUCCCAGCCGGAGCAGCCUUCGGUCACACAAUAGACGGCAGCUGCGCUCUCUGGGAGGAAACGUGCGAUGCGAAACGUGGCGCUUGCGCUGUCUACGACAACCGCCUGCUCAACCGCAACGUCUAUUUCCUCAUUCUUAGUUUGAAACUGGGAUCUUUCUUUUUCUUUGGGCUCGCUCUUCGCUACUUGCGUCAAGCGCCCCGCAAACCCCUCGUAGCGGCGCCAUCCUGACAAAUCCGUAUGCGUGGAAGUCACGCGAGUUAAAGACCAAUAAAUCGUAAGCAAGUAGUAUGAAGCAAGUUGUCUUGCACACGUGAAAAAAGGCAUCGUUCCCGGAGUUUGAGGAAGCACAAUAAAACGGGACAUUCGCGAAGCCAGCACGUGAGAACAAGAGUGGGAAGAACUAAUACACUUGCCGUCUCGAGCAUUGAAAGCGGCAUGAACAGGAGCAUUUCUGAUAUAGAGCAAAGCUAGGUUGGUAAGCAUGUGAGGCAACUGUGCUGUACAUCAAAGGGGCACUAAAAUGCAAAAACUUCUUCUCAAAUUA